GCAUACAAGAAACGGUCAUUGUAAUAUCUAGCAAUGUAGCAGAAUCGUUAGUACAGUGGACAAAAUGCUUGGCUGCAGUUCAUCUGCCUUUACGUUCAGAGUUCAAAUUCUGCUGAGAUCAACUUUGGCUUUCAUCCUUCCGGGGGUCGAUAAAAUAAGUACCAGCUACACACUGGGUCGAUAUAAUUGACUCAUCCCCUCCCCUGGACUUGCUGGCCUUGAGCCAACAUCUGAAACCAAUAUUUUGCAAUUUUUUGUUUUGUAUUUUCCAACGUCCCCCCCCCUCUCUCUCUCUCUCUCUCUGUAUUUAACAACUCUGGAUGGUGAUAAAAAUAGAUAUCAUCCAUCUGCUGGUGUUUAUUCAUUUGCCGCUAUCAUCAGAUUCGCGCGACCAAACUCUAUUCUCGCCUAUCCUAACAAGGGACCAACACGUAACCGCUCAACCGAAAAGAAAUAGCAACUAAAUUUCAAUUAAGUUCCAACAUGCAAUCUUGACGAAGAAAAAAAAAAACAGACAGAUAAGACAAUGUAGUCCUAGAUACACUAUUCCCGAAAGGAAAAGCGGGAUGGCCAAUGUUUUUGUUUUUUUAAUCAAAGUCAACUUCUGCACUUCAUUGUGUAAAGAUUAUGGGACUCUGUGCACAACGUUACGGCGUUGAAGAGGUUGCUUUCCGGUAAUCGCCUAAACUCAUUAUGCUCUAAGUGGCCCUCCAUCCUUUAGGAAUCGAUAGAAUAUUAAUCCUGGGAUCGAUUCUUUUCAAAUUCUUUCUGUCAUUUUCUCUCCUUCUGGAAGAAAUCGAUUGUGUCCAGGGCUGGAAAAGAUCUUUCAUCUCCAGGUCUAAAACUGCCAAAUUCAAAAGUUACGAUGACACCCCUGCAAAUCCAUCAAGGAACUUGAGGAUGCAUAGCAAGGCAUGAAGAAUCAUACAUUUCUUAUUUGUAAGUUAAUUAUACUUUUUGACGGGAACGAUGGGAGGAGAAAAUUGUGGAGAACAUUAGAGGGGGAGAGCCCAAUGUAGGGAGACGGGUGUAUGUAGGGCUGAGAGAAGAGGAAGCAUAUGAUGGGCUUUGCUUGGGGCAUCGGUUUAACGGGUGAAGGGAACUCCAUUGAAAGACAGUUUAAUCCCAGCGAAGACACAAUAAUCCCUGGCCAAUAAGACAAUGGAUUGUUUCUGUGAAUAUUCCACAAAGAAUGGGGGUGGGAGCUGGAUUGACAGACGGACGGGAAAUACCUUGUGGUAUUUACCGACAUCAAUUUACGUUCUGAACUGCAAUGGAAUUUGAAUUUCUUGCUGGUGACGUCGUUAAAACUACCAGUCAUGUACUGGGAUCCACGUUUCCCUCUCCCUUAUGUGUGCUCUCCUGUCAAGGUAAAUACGAAAACUACUUUCGUUUCAAGAUCUCGAGUUCAAAUUCUGUCUGGUUUUUAUCUGUCAUCCCUCAUGGGGAGGAGUUGCAAUAAAUGAUGUACCAGUAAUAAACGGCGGUCGUUUCACUUAGUUUUGUUUCUUCCCUAGAAUAAGUCUGCUCAUGUCAGGAAUCCGUUUUCAAUAGAGAGGUUAAAUGUUCGUUCUCACCGUAAACUAGAAAAAUUAGCGAACUGUAUUUGGCAGAAUAUUAAAGAUAUCGAGAUGAACCUCACCGACAAUCCAUCCGUGACCAACAUAUUAAUUUCUAACAUCGACAGAGGGCAACGAUUUGGAGGCGAGUACAAUCUAUUAAAUCAUCCUCAGUACUUCACGUGUACUUUAUAUUCCAUGUGACACACUACUGCCAGUAGAAUAUUUUGUAGGCUAUGGGCUGACACUGUAUUUGUUGACUGUCGUUAUCUUUCAAAUAUAUUACAGUGAACCUAGUGAGCGCGGUUUCAAUUUCCAGUUGGAAUCACGACACAUCAUUCUAUUUCACCCCACUCCACUGAUAAAUGGCCGGUACCCGCCUCUCUUCCCCAGCUAGAAGUAGUGCAUAUCUCCCUCAAAUACCACUCAAACCCUCUCCACUUAAUUCCUGUGGACACUAAACACACGGUCAUUCACUCGGACUCCUUCCAUUGUCCUGUUUAUUCUUAUGUAACCCACGUCAACUGUAAUGGAGCAAUUCUACAAAGUUAUUUCAACCGUGACCAUCCCGUGAUUUUUUUGUGAGGGGGUAAGACCAAAUUCAAAUCGAAAUUCUUUGUGCAAUUGGCCAAUUUAUCUUCCACACACAUCAAUUGAAAUAGAAAAAUUCGAUGGAACACAAAAAAACUGUUUGAAACUAUUUGGCCACUCUCACGAAUAAUGGACUAGUCUGACUCUAAUGUUCUCGUUCUCUAUAUGGCUACCACCACUCACCGUCAGUAAUGGACUCGUCCCGCUACAAACGUUUUCAAUCUCCAACGAACAACUACGAGAAAUUCAAGUCGUCAGAAAUCCACGAAUUAUUUUCAACUCAAUGAAUUCUUGGUCUGUUAACAUGGACAAUGGAACGACCAUAACUCACCCACAUCAGUUUGGGUUCUGCCGUUGGAACUUUCCCAAUAUGACCUUCCCUGCAAGUUUCCAAAUCCCUGAGCAAACCUCUCAUAAUUGCGACCUAAGUCCAACUCAAACAAUGUUACCAAAAUCCUAUUUGGAUUAUCAGAUGAAAUUAAAUGAUUUGUGCCAACAACGGUCAGCAACGGCCUUGACUGCUGUGUCUAGUCCCAUGACUUGCAAGAUGUUAUUGAAGACACAAUUAAUGAGAGUCUUAUUGGCAAGACAGAGACCUGGCUACCUGGAAUUUUUGCAAAGAUAUGCAGCAGAACAGGUCAACAGCUUACAGACACCAACCAGUGAUUAUCUGGAUCACAUUCGACAGAAUGCCACAGAAGAUUUUCAUCGAAAUGGUAUCGAGGUUUCAGUUAUGGACAAUGAUUUUGGCAGGAACAAUAUGUUCCACCAGGAAAACUCCCUGAUAAAUAAUACUACAGAUAGUGAAAUAAAAUUGGGCGGAGCAAGAAUUAGUAAUAAGAGAAGCUGUAACUCGAUAACUCGAGGGGAAGCUUAUCAAUUCACAUCGACUUCAUUAAGUAACCACGAAAAUGUCGAUGAAUCAGUCAAGUCUUGCAGACACACUUGCACCGGUGAGUUCUAUAUUCCCAAAAAUAGUAAAAAGAAUUCAUUUCGACAUUUUAGAUCUCGAAGACCUGUAAAUGGAACCAGGAAAACAGAAAUUAUAAACAAAGAAGCUGACAUAAUUCAGUCCUUCACUUUUUUACAAAGGAAACGUCCAAGACAUGUGGGACAAUACCAUUCUCCAUCCAAUGACAAUGGGAUUACUGCAUAUCAAAGAGAUCCACUUGAUUCUUGUAGAAGAUAACUUGGAAACUGGUUUUGCUAUACAAUCUUGGGAAUGAAGAACCAGCGAGAACAAAAAACAAAAAGUGAAUGUUUAAGGUCAUUGAUGAUCAACCUCACUACAAUAAUUAACUUGCAAUUAAAUAUUGGUUGAAAUUGAUUGCUAAUUUAUAAUGUCUGAAUUUCAAUUUCUUUUUCCUUUUAUAUCAGUACAGAUAGAUAUAUAGAAAAUAUAGACAUCUGGCUAUAUAUAUAUAUAUAUAUAUAUAUAUAUAUAUAGACAAAGAGAUAUGCACAUUGCAAAUAUCUUGUGUUUAGAUGAUAGUUUUAUAGAGAGAGAGAGAGAGAGAGAGAAAUAUGGUGUUUUGUAUGUUUAUAAAUAAAUAUAAAGACUGUAAAUACAUUAUUAUAUAUAUAAUAUUAACAGGGACUUUGAUGUUUAGACUUCCUGGCUCUCAUUAGGCAGUGUGAUGACAGUAAGAAGACCAAAACUUCGAAGUCCCUAUUAAACGUUUCCUUAUGGACCUGGUGCUCUGCUUAAAAAGUAUGAAGUGUUCCUUCAAUCUAACACUUGAUUGUUUAAUGUACGACCUUACAUAGAAACGAACAUCUACAUAAACAAAUAAUAGAUACACACACACACAGGUUAUAUAUGUUGAUUUUUAACCACAUGAAAACAUAGUUGAUACAUAUAUGUGCUGAGAGAGGUGGGGAUUAUUAAAAUCAUAUAUAUAUAUAUAUAUAUAUAUAUAUAUAUAUAUAUUCAUAAAUGAUAAAAAUGAUAGAUAGGUAUGUCUACCUGUGUGUAUAUGAAGGUGUUGGACUCUGUCAUAAUGUUGUAGUUUCAAUUCCCUGAAUUGCCCCCUCCCCACAUUAUCACUACUUUUCAACAUUUCCUUUUUGUUUCUCUUGUUGUUGUCUUUGAAAUUCUUUUGUCUAAAUAAAGAUAUCUGCCUUCAAAUAUAA